AUGGUUUUCCCCGCAAGAUGGAGUGAUCCAUAUUCAUGUGGAAGUUCUUAUCUGUAUACUCCUGGCAGACUAACAAGUCCUCGUUAUCCUUACGAUUACCCAAGAAACACGGAUUGCACUUGGAAUAUUUCUAGUAACAAUGCGACAAAUGUUUUACUGAAAUUUUCAUUCUUCUGGCUGGAAGGCGGUUCGAGUUGUCGAUAUGAUUAUCUGGACGUUUAUGAUGGUAAUUCCAUGUAUGCAAAAAAACUCGGGAGAUUCUGUGGCCAGCAAUUUCCAAGAGAACUGGUGUCAUCUGGUUCAAAGCUUUUCAUCGUAUUUCAUACGGACGGUAGUGGUCAGGAACAAGGGUUUGUUCUCGACUACACAAGCACAACUGGUACGAAUAGUUACAGCUCAAGUUUGUUUUACAGUUAUAUUCUUAUUGUGCUUCAACUUUUUUAUCAUGUCUCGCAUUCUUACUAUUACCUGUAA